CGAGAACCCGAGAGAAAAAUGGGAUUCGAGAUCGCUCAAUUCGGGGAUGAAAAUUGAUAUCUCACUAGCUUCGGAGCGCGGAAGAUUUUACCAUUUUUCGCUUCAUGGACUCCAAAUCUAUCGAGGCAAAGUUUACAGCUGCCAAAGAAAAAUAUGGGUGGCAUAUCCGUGUGUUUGAAACCUUAACGGCUUCUGCAAACACCAGUGAUUUUUCCAGCACUGAGGAGCCAGAUGACUUCUAUGAUUUUACAGCAGAGGACUAUUAUCGGCUUAUGGCUACUAAAAAGGAAGAUAAAUAUUUGAGGACCCGAAAGAUUCGUGAAGCAGAAGAAGCUACUCGCAGUCGCAGGUCAAAGAUAACGAUGCAGGCUGUUAUCAGAGUUCGUUUUCCUGAUAAUUACACAUUAGAGGCCACAUUUCAUGCAUCGGAAACAAUUCAGAGUCUAGUUGAUCUUCUCAUGAAAGUGGUUGCUCAUCCAGAAUUGCCCUUUUAUCUAUAUACAAUACCUCCCAAAAAGCAAAUAAAGGAGACAUCACAGGAUUUUUAUUCUGCUGGCUUUGUACCUGGUGCAAUUGUGUAUUUUGCAUAUGAUAUGCCAGAAGGUGAAGAUGGUUCUGCACCAUCAAGCCCCUUCCUUCAGGAGGAUGUCAUGUCAAUGCUAGGUCUGGAAUUUGUCAAAGAGCAGGCAGAAGCUUCUCAACAGGAACCAGAACCCACGGUAUCUAUCUCCUCUGUUGUUCCUGAGGUAAAACCUGCUGCUGAUAAGAAGAAGAUCAAGCCGAAAUGGUUGAAAAUGUGACAUGGCUGGCUUCACUAGGCGAUAAUUUCUCUUCCUCUCCACGAAUCUGUUGUUGCUGGUUGUUCACUGACAUGUUAUGAUAGGCAGGCUAAAUGUUUUGCACUGGUCAUGUUUAUGGGAGCAUGAAAUUUGAGUCUCACAAAAUUGUUAACAAUUCGCUAUUCUGUCGAGGUGUUUGAGAUUUUAAGCUCUGUAAUAAAGCAACUUGUUAUUCAUCAUUGUUUCAUAAUGUGAAUAUUGUCAGAUAAAAUCUGUUUUGCA